ACUCUAGCGCCUUCGGCUCUAUGGCCAGGCCCGUCCAUCGGACAAUGAAACCAUAGAGCGGACUUCGGGAGGGGGAGCGACGCGUAGGCUGGAGGCGCCGCUCUGCCUCGCUGGAAGCGGGCGCGCCUCUAUGGUGCCAGGAGCCCAGUCCAGCCGCCAGCUGCAGCAGCGGAGCCGGGCACGGGCUUCUAGCAGCUGUGCAAAGGUGGUUUUGUGACUUUACGACACCCCCCACCAGCUCCUUGUUCAGCCAGCAGCCAGUGGAUUCCGUCCUCUGCUACAGAGAGAUCUCCCCUUUCCCAACACCCACACAGAGAAGACCAGCCGGUUCCCACCUUGAUGGCCGGGGAUGGUCCAGCAAAGCCCUACAGCUCCUGGAGGCAGGAGUACCUGAUAGCCAAGAGCUCCGGAGAUGGCCAGCUGGUGUGCAUGGUGUGCGGUGGAGUCUUGAGCGCCUCCGGUCCGGCGGCAGCGCGGGAACACAUUCUGCAGCAUCACGCCCACUCAUUGGACUACAGCCUGGAGGAGAAGCAAAACAUCCUGGAGGCCUGGAACGAAGAAGUGACGCUCGCAGAUGGAGAAAUGCAGCCUUCCUGCGAAGACAGCCCCAGGAAGCACGAGAAGCCAGCAGAGGUCGAAGUGCUGAUCGAUCCCGAGGAGCGGCCGGCGAGUCAGAAGCCAAAAGCACGGUGUGAGACAGCACGGUCAGACCGUGGGCAGCAGCAGUCGCAAGGUCAGCGAAGGCUGCACAACGCAGAGAAUACCAAAGAUGUCCGGAAUGACCAGCCUGCCAAGGUCACAGGGAAAGAGUGGCCAUCAGAAUGCGGUGUCCCUGGCUCGGCACCCGCCGAAAUUCGGAUCUUCACUGAUGGCAGCUUCCCUGCCGGCUUUGCCUUGAAGCUGUACUGCCGGACUCAGCCAGAACCAUCCCGGGACUCCGGAGCAAAGCCAGCUGCCAAGAAGAGAAUGGGAGAUAAGCCUUAUCGCGAUUGCUCCGUCUCUUUGCUGCGGCUCCAUUCCACAGACUCUCCCCACCGCCUAGGUUUGACCCAGUCCAGUGCCCCCCAUCCACUUGGCAGCUCCUUUGCCCGUGGCAACGUUAAAGACUGUGGUGCCAAACCAGGACAGCGGAAAGCCCUGGAGGUCAAGGCGGGAGACCCCUCGCCCCCAGCCAAGAACUUUGACCCUGCCUGGCGAGCCCGCUUCCUCAUGGACUUCAACACCGUCACUGGCCAGCUGGUGUGCAUGGUCUGUGAGAAUGCCUUGCGCCAAGUGUGUCUGGCCACUGUCAAGCAGCACAUCCUCCAGUGCCAUGCCGAGACCCUCCACUUGCCCCGCGAAGUCCGCCGCACCAUCCGGGAAGUCUGGGAGUCCCGGGGACAGUCACCCACUCCGCCCCCGCAGAAAUGAAGGGCAGACCAGACUGUUUCCUAAACCCCUGGCCUCUGGGAUGUGGGAAAAUGAAUUAGGUAUCCUGGAUAGCGCAGUCUGAGGCUGGAGGAGAAGGUGAUGACUUCCACUGUUGAACUGGGCCCAUAACCCUUUUGGAUGUCUGUGCAGUUGUCGGAUUACCUGUAUGUAGGUUUCCAAGUUCGUUCUCUCUGUCUCUCUUAUUCGCUGCAAAAUUGUGAGAUGGGGCAGCAGUAGUGGUUUCCCCUACCCCCGCCUUUUUUCACCUGCUGUUUCCCGCCUCUUUCCCCUCCGGCCCUUGAGUCCAAUAGGCAGGGUAAGUUCCACAGAGUGGAGAAGCCAGAGCUGCCUCAUUGCCCACUUGGAGGCGAAUUUAAAACCUGGGGUGAAUUCUUCGGACUGCACCACAGCCCCCUUCUUGCUUUGAUCUGGGAAACUGUCUGCCCUUCUGUGGGGAAAUUGGGAAGGAGCUGGGGCAGUGCCCGUUAGGAGUGGCCUUUUGAACCGUUGGUCAUAACCAGCCGGUUCCACAAACGUGCAGCGGGAGACUCAGUUGGUGGUUCUGUGUCUCCUUGAGCAAUAACCAGCCUCUUGCAUUAGCAAUAAUCUCUUUUCCAGUUUGCUUCCCUCCCGCCCCCCAAGAUUCCACUGACCCCAAGCUAGCACCGCGCACCACUUGUAGCUGUGACUGGGCGCCACUUUUCGUGCCCGACCGUGACCUUUUAUUUUGUAGACCGUUUUACAGGGACGACUCAUACUAAGGGACAAUAAAUUAUUUUUUAUGAUA